ACACCUAAAAACGGGUUUAUGCUCCCUCCAGGUAUUCCUUCCUCCCUGGCAAAAUCGUACAGGUUUAUUUUUCCGUUCGUCUUCCUACAGAAGUCGUAUCCCAGAGCGACCGAUGAUAACACGGGAUCACCGGCACCGAUUAAAAUCGCCCAGUGCAUAGUGUGCGAAGUCCAGUCCGGCUCUUCCGUGAUAAAGCAAGUCGAGUAAUCGCUAGCCGUUGAUAUUCCGACGUGCACGUUUGUGACGAAGCGGGACAAAAAGCGCUGAGUCAAUUGACGUAGGUUAUUUACUGUAAGUUGAAGGACGGCGAUUUCUCGGAUUUCAUCGGCAAGACGGAAUUGGUGAAUAUUAAUUGGCGAAGGCAAAAGAACCCGCUGAGACCGACGAAAUGGCAACCAAGGACGACACCGCCGCCACUUCGACUGGCAAGCUCUUCACUCGGGAGGAAGUAACCAAGCACGUCGAUACCUCCAAGGAUGUAUGGAUCAUCAUUCACAAUGACGUUUACAACGUUACCCCGUUUCUCAAUGAGCAUCCCGGCGGUGAGGAGGUACUCCUGGAGCAAGCUGGACGCGACGCUACGGAACCCUUCGAGGACAUCGGCCAUUCGACUGAUGCAAGACAGAUGAUGACAAAAUACAAAAUUGGAGAGUUGGUAGAAGAAGAAAGGACGAAAGAUGGCGGAAAGAGAACUACGAACUGGACUCGUGGAAACGAGGAGGAUAGUUCUAGUUCUUGGUGGUCCUGGUUGAUUCCAAUCGCCCUCGGGGUACUCGCAACUAUCGUCUAUCGCAACUUUAUCAGCGCACACUAAAGCAUUCCGAGCCCUUUUUUUCAUGUUAUUUGUUAAUUAUUAUUAUAUAUAUAUGUAUACAUAUGUAUGGAUUAAUCAAUUGUACAUUUUUUCCGGAUGUAUGUCGCGCACUGUUGUUUUCUAUGAACCAAAUAAUGCAUUUUCUGGCCUAGGAUCUAAAACCGAAACAGAAAGAGGGGUAAAGAGGGAAGUCGAUGAUGUAUUAUAUAAUGAUAUACAAGCAACACGCACAUUUAUAUAUUUAUAUGUAUACAUUUGUACACAUGGUAUAUAUAUGCAUAUGUACAUGUAGCGUUAGUACGCGACGUCGUUUUCCGAAUAGACGCAAAUAAACUACUUUAAUUCCUUAGAAAGGAGGAGGCCCCCCGCGGAGCCGAGAAGUAACUCCCGUCCUUAGAUCCUUAAACGCAAAAAAAAAGACGGCCGCGAGAAUCGAUCAUCGAUCAAAUUGUACGAAACGCGAUUGCGAUUGCUCACGUUAUUUGCACAUCUUGCAGCAGACUAAUCGGAAAGGCCGCGUCGAUCGCAUCGCUGUGGGAGAAAGCGAAAAGAGCCACCUGCAUUACAAAUAAUAUUUUAUAUAACGAGUACAAUGAAUUUAUAAUUGCGUUUACUUGCUUUUCCUACAAAAAUUUAUUUACCAAUAAGCGCGCGACGCAAGAUCUAAACAAUGACGCGUGUAAGUUUUGUAUAAAGUUUGAAUUAAUAAAACUAACAUAUGUAAAUAA